UGGUACUUUCAACAAUGUGCUUUGUGGCAGCGCUAACUUUUCGCUCUUGACAUCCUGUCAAUUAGUUUAUAUAGUAGCCUGUCGAUUCGUAGCUUAAUCGUUUUGUGAGCAAGCUUGUGCACAACGGCUUCUGUCAAUGUUUUUAUGUUCCGUAACGUUUUAUAAAAUAUAUACAGUUUCUUCAUGGCGUCUCAACAGCAGUCGAGAAUUCAGUCCUACCUGGAGAAAAACAAAAUCGGACCUUUGUUUGAGGAAAUGAUGACCAAACUGAUCACGGAGACACCGGACCACCCCAUUCCUUUCCUCAUCAGCCACCUGCAGAGCAAGCAGGAGAGUCCGGGCAAGCUGCAGAGGGCACUGUCCGGCUCAGCCGCCCUGUGGGCAGACACUGGCACCACGGAAAUCAAAGGCGGUCGGCGGGAGUUCAGGAGUUACGAGAAACCCUGGCAGAUCCAUCCCAAGAAACCCAAGAAGUCCAAGAGUGACCUGAACAUGUCCAACAUCUCCCCUCCCUCACCAGAGUCCAAAUCAUUGCCGCGCUACAUAGAGCGCCCCCCGUGGGACUGGAGGAGUAAAAGAGGAGAGGAGAGUCAUGAUUUUGAUGAGCUCAACCACAUCCUACAGGAGAGCAAGAAGCUGGGGAAGGCCCUGGAAAACCUGUCCCGCAGUAUCGCUGAGUCCGACGAUCAGGACCUGUGCUUGUAUAACUCGUCGGUACUGAGGCCGCGGGUGGUGGGGGAGUGGGUGGGCCGUGAGGAGGACGACUCGGAUCCCCUGGCGGCCGAGAUGCUGCAGCCGCCCGUCCCCAGAGCCAAGACCGAGAGAUGGGGGAGCGGAGAGACCAGCCCCGCUGGGAGCCUGUCGAUGGAGACCAAGAGCAAGGGCCUGCGGCAGCAGCAGCAGCACCAUAAGAAGCUGCUGGCGGCCAUGUUGUCCCAGGACUCCUUCGACUCCAUGCCCAGCUCCGCCCCCUCUGUCACCGAGGACGAGAUGGAGGAUGAGGAUGAUGCCAUGGAGCUGCUGGAGGACCUGGAUGAUCUGCGUAUGGAGGGGGUCACCGGUCUGGCGCCAUCUGGCAGCAAGUUCAGCCAGGGCCGCAGCUCCUACUGUCCUGAGCCCCAGGCCAAAGUCACCCUUAACAUCUGCUCCAGGUGUGCAAGGCUUCAAGGGGACAGUCUGACCAACACUGGAGCGGAGGAGGAGUUCAACACACACAUCCCCGAGCAGGCCGUGCCCGACCUGUCCUGUCCAUUGCCUGUGGCGGAGCUGAAGACUGGAGGUGAUGCGGAACGCGAGAACCCGUCUCAGGUGACCGGAACGCGUCACCCGGUGUGGCUGACCGAUGUGAAGGCCAACCGCGGGGGAAGCCCACUGAGCCAGCGCAGUCUGCAGCUGCAGGAGUCACUUUUCUCCAAGGAGCUGGAGGACAUGGGCAAGCAUCUCGCUGAGGUGGAGAAGGACCUGGCCAAGCUGACGGAGAACUCCAAGCUGCCCAGCCGGAGCCCCAACAGCCCCCACAGCAGCCUCCUGCUCACCCCUCUCCUCCACACCUCCCUGCCCCCCCUGGGGCCCAGCUCCCGGCCGCAGUCCCCCAGCGGCAGCAGCCUCGGGGCGGGCAAGACGUCCAGCUCCGGCGGCCUUCCCCUGCCCCUGCUCAGCAGCAGCAAGCCCACGUCACUCUCCAUGGGCCGGACCACGUCGCUUAGCAACCCGGGGAGCCAGAUGCACAGCCCCAGCGGGGCAGGGGGCGCGAGGACGCCCAGCCGACCUUUGACCCCAAACAGUCUGAUGACGCGUUCGCUCACACCGGGGAGCUACAGCAGCGGCAGCGGGGGCAGUAAGGAGGGGACGAUGCUCUUCGGGAGCCCCAGGAGUUGCCGGAGCCGGCCAGUGACGCCCACGGACAGACAGACGGCCCGGCCGCUGCUCACGCCCCCGGGCCUCAGCACCAUGGAGAGCCUGGGGAAGAUCUCGGGCACGAGGAGCGCACUGUCAGAGGAUGAUUUCUACCAGCAGCUCCAGGCCAUCAGGCAGCCCUGGCGCAUCCCCAACGACACAGAGAGCGACAUCCUGGAGCCCCCCGAGCAGGACAAGUGUAGCCAGAGCGUGCGGGAUGCCAAUAAAAGAUCUGUCUUUUCAGGUCUGUAGCAGCACAGGAGCCAGAGACUGAGACCGACACCCCCACCUACCCUUAUGCAAGCUAACAGGCAUUUUCAAUACUGCGUACUGCACUGUAAAGAGAGAGACAUUAUUUUUGUAACCCACAGAAAAGAAGAUUGUGUACUUUUUUCCACGGAGAUUCAAUAUUUCGUAGCUCCAUCUUCUUUGGUUCUGUGUGAUUACUGUUCUGUGUGUGGAGUGGACAUAU